AUGCAUUCAAGCAGCCUGUUUACAAAUCCAUACGCAAUUGAAGUGCUAAGGACUAAAAAAGAAGAACUUGUACAAGGCAUAAAUGACCCAGACCAGCUCCUGCACUGGCUGAUAGAAAAUGGUGUUUUUACCCCAGAAAAAAAGCUGGUCCUGAGUUUCUACAGGACACGAACAGCAAAGAACUCUCGGGUUUUAGAUAUACUCAUUUCUCAAGGUGAACGAGCCUGCAGGCUCUUUUUUUAUCCAUGUUUAAAGCAAGUGGAGCCAAAACUUUACAGCAAGAUAAGAAAGUAUGUCAGUGAAGUAAAUGAAAGCAUUGGAGAUGCCAGAAGACAGUUGGUUGGGUAUUUACUUGAAAAAGAUAAAGUUUGGUUUGAAAAUAGCAGCAAACAGCACCAGGGGAAAAAAGACAGACCUGGGGGGAAAAAGCACAAAGGGAAGAAGAAAGAAAGAGUAACUCCACUUUCAAGGGCAACAAAGCCCCGAAAAGACCCUGCUGCUGUCAACAUCUUUGCUGCAGUUGCUAAAGGCUCCCUUCCUGAGUUAGAGAAAACACUGAAGGAUAAUGAGCUCAAUGUGCUAAACCCUUCCAGUGAAACACUCCUGCAUGUUGCAGCUGCUCAUGGCCAUCUAUCCAUCAUGGAAUAUUUGCUCAGCAAAGGUGCAAGGACAGGUGUGAAGGACAGGAAAGGGAGAACAGCCCUGCACAGGGCUGCUGAGAAAGGGCAUGGAGGGGCAGUCCAGGUGCUUCUCCGAGGUGGUGCUUCCAUACACACUCUGGAUAUAAAAGGCAAGACACCCCUUCACCGGGCUGCAGAGAAUAACCACAGCCACAUUCUGAAGAUACUCCUGAAAGAAGAGGCAAGGAGCUGCAGGAAUCAGCACAAAUUUUUACACAUGGCAGCUCUUAGAGAUGAGAGCAGCCUGGCCAAAAUGCUUUUAGAGGCUGGUGCCUCCCCUGAAGGAAAGGAUUGGAGAGGACAGACUGCCCUCAGUUAUGCUGUUUCUCAGGGAUCUGAAAACACUGCAAAAGUACUUCUAGAAGCCGGAGCCACUGUCGAUUCCAAAACGGUUGAAAGAGCCUUCAACAGCAACCACCCAUCCAUCUUCAAAGUACUGCUGGAAUAUUCUAAAGAUCUGUCUGCUGACAUCAUGGAGUCAGCUCUUUUUAGAGCUGUACAGAAGAAUCUGCCCAGUGCUGUAGAGGCUUUAAUUGACAGAGGCACAGAUAUCAACGCCCACAACACGAUGCAUUACACUCCUUUGCUGCUGGCCUGUGCAAUGGGCAAAGCGGAGUCAGCAGAAGUUCUAAUGGAAAAGGGAGCAAACUUGGGAAUAAGAACUCCUGGCGCAGACACAGCUUUGCACCUGGCGGCGCAGGCUGGGGCUGCUUCCAUCGCAGGCCUGCUCCUGAGCAAGGGCAUGGACACAAACGUCAGGAACCAAGCGGAGGAAACCCCGCUCCACAUUGCUGCGCUCCAGAAUAACGGAGCGCUCGUUGGCCUUUUAGCCACUGCUGGGGCCAGGAUUAACGCCGCCACUAAAGACUUUGCUACUCCCCUGCACAUCGCCAGUCAGAGAGGGCACGCUGAUGUCGCCCGACAGCUGCUGCGCCACGGAGCUCACGUUAAUGCUCAGGACAAGCAGGCAAAGCGCCCUCUACACCUGGCUGCUGAGCAGGGAGACAAAGCACUGACAGAGACGCUCCUGAAGGCCGGAGCUGAUCCCAACGCACAGGACAAGGAGAAGAAAACUCCCCUGCACGCCGCAGCCCUGAGAGGACACCUCAGCAUCGUGGAAGUGCUGUUGGCUACCGGAGGGAGAGCUGGAGCUAAGGACAUGGAUGGAUGCACCCCGCUGCACUACGCCACCAUGAAAGGAAACACAGACAUCGCAAAAGUUCUCCUGGCCUCGGGGAAAAAUAAAAAAAUCGAUGACAGAAACGUUUGGAGGAAGACAGCGCUGCACGUUGCAGCGGAGUACGGGCACGGAGAGUUGAUAAAUCUCCUGCUGAGCCACGGGGCUGCCAUCAACACCUCGGACAGCAGCAGGGACACUGCCCUGCACUGCGCCUGCAGGGCCGGGCACCUCGGGGCUGUGAGUGCCCUCCUCGGCUGGUCACGGGGGGAAAAAGCAAAUUUACUCGCUGUGAACAGCCUCAGAAAGACCCCACUGCAAGUAGCGGAAUGUAAUGAGACAGAAAACCAGGCUCAAAUUUUAACGCUGCUGAGAAAGAAAAUGUUGAUAACAAAAUGA